AGCGCGCGCGCGGUGAGAGCAGUGGGCCGCGGGGGUGCGGCGCGAGGUCCGCGCGCGAUCCUCCAUGGAGACACACUUAGGGGAGCUGAAACUGGAGAACGCAGAAGACACUUCAUUCCCGCGAGCCCAGUGCAUAUGAUCUCCAGCUGUCUGCGGCAUCCUCACCAAAGAGGUGGGUCAAGGCAGGGUGCUCAUCUGGAAACCAGGUCCUGGGGCCAGGACUCGGGGCCAGAGAACGUGCUCAUUUUUAACCCUUUCUGCAGGGGACGGAAUGGGCCUGCCUUGUGUAGCGUGGACCUUUAGAAUGCAGGUGACCUGGGGGCCCUUCUCCAAACACAUCACUCUAUGGAUUGGAAUUCAUGGUUUCUAAGUUACCGAAUGGCGGCUCUAUAACAAAAGCAUUGCCUUAGACUCACCUCAGUGGUUUUCCUGCUAAAGUCUCUCCUGCAACCUCGGGGCUGACGGUGAACCCGUCUCAAAGGGGACUGCACACCCAGGCCACCAUCACUCUGCUGUGCUCGGCUCCUGGGUGGUUUGCAGUGACAGCAAGCACAUUGGAGUUUGUGUCCCUGAGAAGUUAUUCGUCUUUGUGGUCAACCUGUUGAAGAAAUGGAUUUGGAUCAUUUGGACCUGAAUCCCAGAAUUAUUGCCGCAGUUAAGAAAGCCAAACUGAAAUCAGUGAAGGAGGUUUUGCAUUUUUCUGGACCAGACUUGCAGAGACUGACCCGCCUCCCCAGCCUUGACGUGCAGCACCUGCUGAGAACGGCCUCCUCACACCUGCAGGGGACAUGCGUCUGCACAGCGCUGCAUCUGCACCAGCAGAAGCAGAGGUUCCCCGCGCAGCACCAGCGCCUGAGCCUGGGCUGCCCCGUGCUCGACGGGCUUCUCCGCGGCGGCCUGCCCCUGGACGGCCUCACCGAGCUGGCCGGCCCCAGCUCCGCCGGCAAGACCCAGCUGGCGCUGCAGCUCUGCCUGACCGUGCAGUUCCCACGGCAACACGGAGGCCUGGAGGCCGGGGCCGUGUACAUCUGCACGGAAGAUGUCUUCCCCAGCGUGCGUCUGCAGCAGCUCAUGGCUCAGCAGCGGCGCCUGCGGACAGACGUGCCGGGAGACGUGGUCGAAAGAAUUAAAUUUGGCAACCAGAUCUUCAUUGAGCACGUGGCCGACGUGGACACCCUGCUGGAGUGUGUGAGAAAGAAGGUGCCCGUGCUUCUGUCUCGGGGGGUGGCCCGUUUGGUGGUCAUCGACUCCGUGGCCGCCCCAUUCCGCUGUGAGUUUGAUGGAGCGGCCUCGGUCCCCAGGGCCAGGCGUCUGCAGGCACUGGGGGCUGCUCUGCGCCGGCUGAGCUGCACCUUCCAGAGCCCGGUGCUGUGCAUCAACCAGGUGACAGAGGCCCCAGAGGAGCAGGGCACAGCACCUGGGCCUCUCAGUGUCUGGGACGAGCGGGUUUCUCCAGCUCUCGGAAUGACCUGGUCCAACCAGCUCUUAAUGAGACUGAUGGUCAGUCGGCGCCACCCUGACCGCACCCUGAGGGUGGUCUUCGCCCCUCACCUGCCCCCCUCGUCCUGUUCCUACACAGUCAACGCAGAGGGAGUGCGAGGGACUCCUGGGACCACGUCCUGCUGACGGCAGCUGCGGAGCAGCCGGCCAGGUCAGCCGCGGGUUCCGGCAGAGACUUCCACGCCCUGCGGGCACGGGGGGCUGACGACCCCCACACCCAUCGCUGGGUCAGGAUGUGCUCGAGGCUGUUGGCUGCACCUCCUCCACGGCAGGGAGGCCGUGCACACAGAUGAGCUGCCCGCCGAGGCCUCCCCCCAUGCCCCAUGCCCCCCGUG